UUCACUGGUUGAAUUUCGUAGGAGAAGUGAUAAAUUUGCUGAGCUUGGACUGUUUCGUGUUCGUUGUGGAUUUAGUUAACGUUGGUGUUGGCGAGCUGGAAGGAGUCUAAGGAGAAGGUGUCAUCGGAGAAAAAUGGAAGACGAAGCAGACAUCUAUGAUGGAAUCAGAGGGCAGUUCCCUCUAUCCUUCGGUAAACAAACGAAAUCGCAAGCCCCUCUUGAAGCCAUGCACAACGCCACUCGCAGAAACACGGAACCCUCAUCCUCUUCUUCUCUCUCUAGCAAAGGCUUCCCUUCUCUCUCCUCCUCCUCUAAGGCCUUGUUAAAUGAAUUCAGAAACAAAGGCUCCAGUGGCCGAAAACCUGAGUCCAAUAAUGGGAUUGUGGAGUCCAGAAAACCCAAUUCCACGGCUGAAGAAGAUGAAGGUCGAGAGGACGAUGAUAGUGCAAUGAUUGGACCUCCACGGCCGCCGCCUCCAUCCAAUUUGGCGGAUGAAGAUGAGGAAAUGAUGAUUGGACCUCCUCGGCCUCCACCAACAUCGAGUUCUGCGGAUGGAGAUGAGGAUGGUGAUGAUGUUUUGAUUGGACCUCCACGGCCGCCUACCAAUUCGACAGACUCGGAUUCUGGUGACGAUGAGGAUGCCGAAGCAGAAGAUCAGUACCGGAUCCCUCUCAGUAAUGAGAUUGUCUUGAAGGGACAUACUAAGGUUGUUUCAGCUCUUGCAGUUGAUCAUACGGGAUCCAGGGUCCUUUCUGGUAGCUAUGACUACACAGUCCGUAUGUAUGAUUUUCAAGGAAUGAACUCCCGUCUGCAAUCAUUUAGACAGCUGGAACCAUUUGAAGGACACCAAGUCCGUACUUUAAGUUGGAGUCCUACCUCGGACCGAUUUUUGUGCGUAACAGGCUCUGCCCAGGCCAAGAUUUAUGACCGUGAUGGACUUACUCUGGGUGAGUUUGUAAAGGGGGACAUGUAUAUUCGUGAUUUGAAGAAUACCAAGGGACAUAUCUCUGGAUUGACUUGUGGAGAGUGGCACCCAAAGACUAAGGAGACAAUUUUAACUUCUUCAGAAGAUGGAUCACUACGUAUAUGGGAUGUUAAUGAUUUCACAAGUCAAAAGCAGGUUAUCAAACCCAAGCUUCCAAGGCCAGGAAGAGUACCAGUCACCACAUGUACAUGGGAUCGUGAGGGAAAAUGCAUUGCAGGUGGCAUUGGAGAUGGUUCUAUUCAGAUAUGGAACAUCAAACCAGGAUGGGGAAGCAGACCAGAUGUGCACAUUGAGAAAGGACAUGAAGAUGAUAUCACUGGACUUCACUUCUCCAGUGAUGGUCGAAUUUUACUUUCAAGAAGUAUGGAUGAUUCACUGAAGGUUUGGGACUUGCGGAAUAUAAAGAAGCCUCUUCAAGUCUUUGAUGAGCUCCCAAAUCAUUAUGCCCAAACAAAUGUUGCAUUAAGUCCUGAUGAACAACUCAUCCUCACUGGAACAUCGGUUGAGAGAGAGAGCACUACUGGAGGUUUGCUGUGCUUCUUUGACCGAACGAAACUUGAACUAGUGUCAAAAGUGGGUAUUUCUCCAACUUGCAGUGUUGUGCAAUGUGCUUGGAAUCCGAGGCUAAAUCAGGUCUUUGCCACAGUUGGUGACAAAAGGCAGGGAGAAACACACAUACUUUAUGAUCCAUCUUUUAGUGAGAGAGGAGCUCUAGUAUGUGUUGCACGAGCACCAAGGAAGAAGUCUGUUGAUGAUUUUCAACCAAGCCCUGUUAUUCACAACCCUCAUGCAUUACCGUUAUUCAGAGAUCAGCCAAGCCGUAAGCGUCAGCGAGAGAAAGCCUUGAAGGAUCCCCUCAAGUCCCAUAAGCCCGAACUUCCAAUGACAGGCCCAGGAUUUGGUGGAAGAGUUGGUACAACUAAUGGGAGUUUAUUGACGCAGUACUUGCUCAAGCAAGGAGGUAUGAUCAAGGAGACGUGGAUGGAAGAAGACCCAAGAGAGGCUAUCUUGAAAUAUGCUGACGUUGCAGCCAAAGAACCGAAGUUCAUUGCACCAGCAUAUGCAGCAACCCAACCAAAAACAGUUUUUGCCAAGUCAGAUUCCGAGGAUGAAGAAAAAUGAGGGGUUUGUAGAAUUGGAUAGUGUGGGUAUCAUCCUGCAUGAGGCAAGUCUUAUUAACAAUUUUUCAUAAGUUUCUGACAAAAUAAUGCUAAACAGUUGUACGAAUCGUAGCCCUGUACAGUAGUUACUGAUUGUCAGCCAUUUUCGAGUAAUGCCCUGUUGUUCAACUAUUU